UUUGCUUGCAUUAGAACAAAUAUUGAUGUUUAAUUAACUUUAUCCAAUCAAUGCUUAUAUAAGGAACAUGGCGCCACCACCACCACUUGAUGAGGAUGAUGACUAUGAAGACCCACUUGAGGAAGCCAUCUGUGCUCAAAGAGUGAGGCUGAGCAAACGGGAGGUGUGCAACCUAUGGGACAACUUUCUGCCACGUGCUGAGUUGAUCGGGGCGCCAUUCGUGACCCGUCUGACAAGUACCAUGAUCGAUCGACAUGUCAUGAAAUUGCCAAAGAGCCUAUCUGAGAGUUGUGGCAUCGAGGCUGAUGAAGAAGACUAUGCUGGAAUACGCCUUACCGCAAGGGGCCUCGUCACUACUUGUGCGUACGGCGUGGAAACGGACGGUCGCACACAUUUAAGCACAGAUGGGUGGAAGAGCUUCCUCGUUGACAAGAAUCUUCAUGUUGGACAGGCCAUCCUUAUUACUAUCAGGAAGACCAACCGUCAAGGCUUGAAGAUGAUGAUCGUCAUCGAUAUCAUUUAAACUAUAUAUGCGUGUGGCUGCUGAUGA